AUGGUCUGAGAGAUCUGUCCAAAGACAUGCUUCAGCUAGGUGCUGAACCAGGACCAGAGAACCAGAAUAGCCGCACUGAUUGUGGGGGUCAGGAUCAGUGCUCAAAGCACAUUGCUGGCCGGGAAAUGGCUCACAGGGAAGACCUAUAUAAAAGUCCCAAGUCCAAUAGGCGGUUCACCAAAAAUGCUGGCCAGGCUAGCUGUUCCGAUUCAGGUAAGAAGCCCAGAGACCUCUUGGCUUUAAUGAAACAAAGGCGACUUUACAAAAGAGGAAAGUAUUUUAAUGGGGAAAACAUGCAUGCCGAGUCUGUUCUUGGAGUGCCUCAAAGAAUCCAGCCAGCUGGAAAACCUCAGAAACGUUUGGACCGGAAAGACAAGGGCCUCUACAAACUUAGCCAAUGCAGACUUCUUGAACCAGGAAGAAGACUAAGGCAACCCCUCAAAGACCAUCUCCAGGCUCGGGAAGCAUUGCAUCUGACUACAGCGACAAUCAGAACGGCCUCAGGGACCGGACCUUCCCCUCCAAAGCCCCAAAGACUGAAACCCGAGCCAGUAUCUCCCUCCCCUCCCCCUCUCUACAAAAUGGCGGCCGAGCCAACACUGGCCCAGUUCAUGGCUCUGCUAGAACAAGUUGCUGCCGACGCUGUGGAGAUAAAGGCUGCAGUCUCCCGCUUGCACACCUCAGUCACUGCCACCCUCAGCGCCCUCGGGAGUCUCUCUGGGUGUUCGGACGAGGCUGAGCUCAGGAUUUCUGACUUGGAGGACACCUCCCGAAAUACAAAGGCCCAGCUUGUGAAGCAGUGUAAUGAUAUUAAAGCUAUCGAAGCCAAACUGAUUGGGAAAGCCGUCCAGACCAAUGUCAUUGCAGGGUUGUGGUCGUCGAUGAGGGGUCAGAGAGAGGCAGCCUCCCUUCAUCAGCCCCCUAACUAAUGUGUAAGGAUGUUAUGAAGACUUGGCUCAGAGAGAGAUCAAGCACUGAUCAUUCCAAAACUAGGCUUGGAUGCGAUUGGUCCAGACAACCUGUUCACCGCCCACGAAUCCACCACUCCUUUCUGCUGCCUUAGAAAAACCUUUGCAAGCUUUUGACCCUCUGCUUCUUUCAAUAAACCUUUGGUGACCACAGUAAAAAAUUAAAAUAAAAUGGUUCUUGUGCCUCUGCU